GAAUCGCUUCUUUGCAGACUGACCGGAUUUCAGCGGAGCACACAGGAGGAAACGUCUGAUCCCACUAUCACCACUACAAGUCUGAUCCCUCUAACUUUUCUCAACUCCUAACCCCAACAGCUCUAACCCGACCUGACAUCCUCUGGAAUACCUCAAACUUGUGCUGAAAAAGGAAAGAGAACACAGAGCUCAGUCGAAAGGGAAGCGCUGAUUCACAUUCUCUUCAUUCUGUUUAUUCGGGGAGGGGGGCAGAAAGUUAACUUCGAUAUGUCUUGCGGUGAUACCUCGGAUCAGAGUCGGAGGUUCUGUGUGUUGUCUUGGGAUCAGGUGCAGCGCUUGGACUCGAUCCUGGGGGAGGCUGUCCCAAUCCACGGCCGAGGAAACUUCCCCACUCUGUCCGUGCAACCGCGCCAGAUUGUCCAGGUGGUACGGGCGAGGCUGGAGGAGCGGGGAGUGUGUGUAAGGGACGUGAGGCUGAACGGCUCUGCUGCGAGCCAUGUCCUCCAUCAGGACACAGGACUGGGCUAUAAGGACCUGGACCUUAUCUUCGGCGUGUCGCUGAAAGACGAUCAGGCCUUCCGUCUGGUGAAAGACGUGGUGUUGGACUGCCUGUUUGACUUCCUGCCAGCCGGGGUCUCCAAGGAGCGAAUCAGCUCACUGACUCUCAAAGAGGCCUAUGUACAGAAACUGGUCAAAGUCUGUAAUGACACGGACCGCUGGAGCCUCAUCUCGCUGUCCAACAACACUGGCAAGAAUGUGGAGCUUAAAUUUGUGGACUCAUUACGGCGGCAGUUUGAAUUCAGCGUGGACUCGUUCCAGAUCUGCCUCGACUCUCUGCUGUUGUUUGACCGCUGCUCUGAGACGCCCAUGUCUGAGAGCUUUCAUCCCACAGUGAUCGGGGAGAGCGUGUACGGGGACUUCAUGGAGGCUAUGGAGCACCUGUGUCAAAGGACUAUAGCCACACGCAGUCCAGAGGAAAUCAGAGGGGGUGGCUUAUUGAAGUACUGCCACCUGCUGGUGCGGGGGUUCAGACCGUCCUCUGAGGCGGACAUGAAGCAGAUGCAGCGAUACAUGUGCUCGCGCUUCUUCAUUGACUUCUCUGACAUAGGAGAGCAGCAGAGGAAGCUGGAAGCUUACCUGCAGAACCACUUUGCAGGGAUGGAACACAAACGGUACGAGUGCCUGAUGACUCUGCAUCACGUGGUGAAUGAGAGCACCGUGUGUCUGAUGGGCCAUGAGCGCAGACAGACGCUCAGCCUCAUCUCCAUGCUAGCGCUGAGGGUGCUGGCUGAGCAGAAUGCCAUCCCCACAGUAACAAAUGUCACGUGUUACUACCAGCCAGCUCCGUACGUGCAGGACAUCAACUUCAGUAAUUAUUAUAUAGCACACGUGCAGCCGCCACAGCUCUCUCCGUGCAGUAAUUCAUAUCAGACUUGGCUGCCUUGUAGCUGAACCAGCUAUGAAAGCUGGAUGUGUUUCCACACUCUUUAUCGUGAAAAGGAGUUGGACUGAAAAAACCCCCAAAAAAACCCAUGUUGCCAAAUGUGACUUGACUUAAACAAUCCUGUACUGCUGUACUGAUUGAGCCGACAUGUACCUUUUUCUCACUUGUUUUGUCUUGCAAAAAAACAUCUGUAAGAUUGCUGGUCAUUUCUGAGAUGUAGCGAUAAUAUCUUGUUUAAGUGUUAAAAAAAUUAUUCUUCAAGCUUUACAUAUGUCAAAAUACAUUUUUGAGAAAAAAAAAAACAUUGAAGCUGGUGUUAUUUUCAUACUCUGGCUUUCUAUAUUUUUUAAAUUACAUACCGGACCAAAGAUGUAUUUGUGUUCAGAAAGGGAAUGUUGUUAUGAUUCCAAGUGCCUAAAAUGAACCAUGAAAUGUUUUGAAUCUGUAAAGUAAGGGGCACUCAGUGUUUUCUUCAUGACUCCGUCUCUUUUUUCAGGAACAGAGGUAUUCAUUUUUUGUGAGAUUAAAAAAAAGUAAAACUA